AGGUCACACGGUGGAUAACAAGCCUAAUUUGGCAAGGCAAGAAAAGAAAAAGAAAAACAAGGAGAAGAAAUUUGCAGUCAGGUUUCAAAACAUCUUCACUAGGAACAUGUCUCUUGAGUUGAUGUUCAACCCUGAUAUACAGCUGACAGAGAUCAUGAGUCUGCGCGUACAGUCUCUGCAACAGCGGGGACAGAAACGCCAGGACGGAGAGCGUCUACUGAGGCUCAGUGAGCGCGUCUACCGCCUGGACUUCUCCGAACAGGCCCUGCAUUUCACCCGCUGGAACAUCCGCAUGUCCACCCCUGGCCGCCUCAACAUCAUUGCCACCUCCCAGCUCUGGACGCCCGACCUCACCUAUCUCAUGACCCGCCAGCUCCUCGAACCGACAGGGCUCUUCUGGAAAAGUGCAGACGACGAUCUCAUCCAAUGCUAUGAGGCUGAUGCCCAGGAGUUCGGCGAGAGGAUAGCCGAGCUGGCCAAAGUCCGUAAGGUGAUGUAUUUCCUGUUCGCUUUUGAAGACGGCUUGACUCCGGAGAGCAUCGACUGCUCCAUUGAAUUCCAGAUCUCCAAGUGA